AAUCACCGCGCACACCGGCGCUUAGCCUAUACUGUAAAUGUCGCUCCGCAGCCACUUUGUUUAGAACGAGUUUGGGAAUUGACAGGCGGAUUUUUAAAAAGAAUAAAUUAUAAUUCGUGACAGUUUUUCGUUCUUUUUCCCGUUUUCUGUGGUGUGUGCGGUCGCUCGAGAAGCUCAUUGGUUGUUGCAGAUCUUAUAUUCUCUCCUCUUGUGGGAAAGUCUGGUGGGUAGGUGUGAGGAGGCAUCUGGCGUGUGGGAAGCAGAGUUUUUGGACAUUUAAAAAAAAAAAAAUCACGAUUCACUUCAUGUCAUCUGAGUGGCUCGUGUCAAACGGCGGUGCACGUAUACAUUUUGAGACCUUUUUUUAAAGUUUACCCCUGGGAGACGUGUCGGAAUUACGCAAAGGACGGCGCUGCAUUUCCAGAGGACAGCUUAUUAUUUUCUUUUCUGCGCACCUAUCCUCAGAAAUGUGGACAUAUGUGACUUUGCCUAGGUGUGAAUGCUGAGGGAUGCCAAGAGGUGAAGUAGAAGAGCUUUAUUUUUUCUCUAGUGUGGAGUUAGUGCCUAUUUGUUUCCAGUGCGCCAAGGGGUCGGAGUGGUAAUUGUGGUUGACCCUUAUUUGCAUUUAGCUGACACUCUCAUCCAGAGCGACUUACAAUGAGUGAGCAGGGAGGGUUUGAGUGUCUUCCUCAAGGGCAUCUCGACGGGGCACCCGGUUGUUGAUGGACUCACUGGCUGAUGCAGGGAUCGCACCUACUACCUUUUGGUCACGGGACGGUCUCUCCAACCGACAGGGUGCUCUGUCACCACCAAAACAAGCACUACAACAUUUUACAGUAUGGAUUACUGGACGUUUCACUCCCUACAAAUCCAUGCAACAACUUUUUUGGGGGGAUGGGUUUAAUGAAGUCCAAAGUGUGUUAACUAACGUCACAGCCAUUUCUUAGUAUGACUCUUACCUUUUAAAAAAAUCCCAGUGAUUUAUAGGCAUUAGUCUCAUUGUUUUGACGCAUUACUAUUAAGACUUAAGAUUUCUCCCUGUCAAGAGUUGUAAAUCUCGUCGGCUCCCAUGGGACUGAGGCAUUCGUCGCGUUGUUUGCUGCUACGGAGGAAGAUGGCGGAGGCGGACAGCUCUGAGCGGCAGCAGCCGGUCACUUCCUCCCUUUCUCAGUCUGCCCAGCCCUCCUCAAUGCCCAAACCAGUGCCUACUACCCACCACGUGCCCUGUGUCCCCCACACGCCUCAUGUAGCAGCUCUGCCCACCUGUCCCAGUCGAGGCAAAAUAGCCAAGUUUAUCAGCCCGGAGGAAAUGACGUCGCGGGACUACUACUUUGACUCCUAUGCCCACUUUGGCAUCCAUGAGGAGAUGCUGAAAGACGAGGUGCGGACUCUGACCUACCGGAACGCCAUGUACCACAACAAGCACGUGUUCAAGGAUAAGAUCGUCUUGGAUGUGGGCAGCGGCACGGGUAUCCUGUCUAUGUUCGCAGCCAAUGCUGGUGCCAAACACGUGUAUGGGAUUGAAUGUUCAAGCAUAUCAGAGUAUUCCGAGAAGAUUAUCAAGUCUAAUCACCUACACAAUGUCAUUACCAUCUUCAAGGGCAAGGUGGAGGAGGUGGAGCUGCCUGUGGAGAAGGUGGACAUCAUCAUCUCGGAGUGGAUGGGCUACUGCCUCUUCUACGAGUCCAUGCUGAACACAGUCAUCUUUGCCAGGGACAAGUGGCUGAAACCUGGAGGCCUGAUGUUCCCCGACAGAGCAGCUCUCUACGUGGUGGCCAUAGAGGACAGGCAGUACAAGGACUUCAAAAUACACUGGUGGGAAAACGUGUACGGCUUUGACAUGAGCUGCAUUCGUAAUGUAGCCAUCAGGGAGCCCCUAGUGGAUGUGGUAGAUCCGAAACAGUUGGUGACCAACUCCUGCCUCCUCAAGGAGGUGGAUAUCUACACGGUGAAACCAGAGGACCUGUCCUUCACCUCAGCCUUCUGCCUGCAGAUCCAGAGGAACGAUUACGUCCAUGCCCUGGUCACCUACUUCAACAUCGAAUUCACCAAGUGUCACAAGAAGACCGGCUUCUCCACUGCUCCAGACGCCCCCAGCACGCACUGGAAGCAGACAGUGUUUUACCUGGAGGACUACUUAACAGUCAAGAAGGGAGAGGAGAUCUUUGGCAGCAUUGCAGUCAGGCCCAAUGAGAAGAAUGUGCGUGACCUGGAGUUCACCCUGGAGCUAGACUUUAAAGGACAACUAUGUGAGGCAGCCAUUUCCCAUGACUAUAAAAUGCGUUAGGAGCAAGAAGGCACCGAUGCAGACCCACCCUCAGCCCCUCUGGACACACCUAGAAAGGGGGAGGGAGCAAGCUCUCCAAUGAAGCUCUCCGGUUGGCCAGCGAGGGUGACCAAAACGCAUCGGGAUUGGAUUCCAUCAUGCCAGCACCUAAGUGAUGUCAUCAGAGUAAGCAAGUAACUACGAGCAAUAGUGCUAUCAUCUGUACCAACUUGAUUGCCUGGGGCAAGUCGCUGAAUGUAAUAUCCUCAAUGAACUUGAUUUUUUUUUGUCAUUAGUUUCUGGAAGUUUGAAUUAUUUUGAGUGUAUCAGCAAAACCACGAGCAUUUAUAUUGUAGGUGAAGCAAACUGGCUGAGGAUUAAGAGAGUUACAGCGCAGUCAUUCACUGUUUUUCCUCAUGUCAUUUGAACUAUGUUAAGAUUUAACCUGUAUAUUUGUAUACAGUCUGCAGUAAUUCAUGGAGUAUUUUUUAUUUUAUUUUAUUAUUAUUUGCAUGUGAAAGGUUUUGGUUCCCAUUGAUUUCACUCUAAUGUGAAAUGUGAUUUUAUUUAUUACUUUAAUUGCUAAUUGAAGAUUGUUCAAAACUACUGUACUUUUGCACCAGACAGAGUGGAAAAAUGCCUCGGAGCAGUAACAAAUACAAAUGCAAUAUGUUGUAUACCAGUUUGUUUUGGAAACUGAAUGAACAGACAAGAUGAUGGAAGAGAUCAAUAAGAUAAAGAAUAAAGUAAAGAAUU